AUGCCUCUCGACAUAGAGCUAGACCUGAUUGUGCCACAAACAGUCCUUCACACCGCUAUUGUAUCUACUAUGGUCCGUGUUGCGACGACUUUUCCGUGGACUGCAGGGCAGGUCGUCAAGACGAGCCCUCGGCUCAGUAAUACGCCAAGCUCCAGGAUACAACCUUUAGAAUCGGGUCUGAGGUUGACAGUCAAGGACGAUAGAAAUGACACACAGCUGCCCACUUUCGCACAAAUGCAGGAGGCCGGCUAUCCCAUGUCGAUGCUGGACGAGUCUGUCUGGCGCCUUGUCCGACUCUGCCUGGCGCCUUGUCCGACUAUAGCAUCAUCAGCCUUUGGUCCUUCGAAGACUUCUGGCAUUGGCGAUGAUCCAGCGCCUGUAAUGUUGGUACAGCUUGGUAUCAUCAGAGAUGGACUAGUACUCUGUAUCAGUCUGCAGCACAACGUUUGCGACAUGAUGGGUCAAGCUGCAGUUAUGGGCUGGUUAUCGAAGGCGUGUCGCAAAGAGGAAUUCACGCGAGAAGAGCUGAACAUCGGGAAUGCGGAUCAAAGGAUAGCCAUGUCUUCGUUGAGCGAUGAGGCUGUCAGUGUGCAAAACGAUCUUAAGCAUUAA